UGCCAGUUUUCCUAACAUUAUCAGUAAACGCGACGCGUCUAAGGGGUUGCGCUUUCGUGUACUCACCUUCAUUGAACACCAACAUUGUAAAAUUGAUUCUCGCGAUUUUCGCGUUUUCGCGUGGGCGCCAUGCUGAGAAAAAAAAGCGAAGGUUCGCACGUGUGGGUAGCUAUUACGAAUCGACGCGUAGACAAGGCUAGGUUUGGUGUUUGCUGUCAGAGCACAAUGUUUGCGGGCGUGUUUGGCGUCGCUCGCGACGGGUGCACUAGCGCACGUAGCUUGGCAGACGCAGCGUGGCACGCGUCACGCUCAUUCGUCCACCUCACUUCGUCUCAUCAAUUAGUUUAUAUAUAAUAAACAAUAAUUGAUGAGAUGAAGUAAGGUGAAUCCUGGUUCAAUUGCUGUACGCGAUGUACUCGAAGAAUCGACCUUGGGAUGGGCCCUAUCUUUUUCGGAAACGGUAGUAUCAUCGAUUGAGCAACUGCUCGAAGAGGGCGGCACAUUCACCCCACAUUGCCAUUGAGAAUGUUCGGCGACGAAGCAACAUAGGUAAUAAUUAGGGCCUUCGGUAUCGCGGACCUCUACUGGUGCCCGGAGCGCCGAUGCAAGAUACUGCAGCGUGCCGUAAAUCAAGAGCCAUCUAACCUUGCGGGCAUCGGCCAUGGAUACCUUCUCUUCUCGAUGACUUGGAAUGCACUGCCGCUACAAGCGUAAUGCUCAUAUAAGCUUGAAUGAUUGGUGAAUCUGUACGUGGGGUAUUUUCGCCGUUCGUCGCCAUAGCGAGAGCUGCGCAGGCGCUUAGAUGGCGCUCAUUCUUGCUUUGCUUGGACCGUAACGUCAAAGUCAUAAAAGACUUUUGCGAGUCCGUUUUCCUUCUCAACGCAACCUCGUCGGGCAAAAGAGGUAGGGCAUGUAGCAGAGGCGGGAAUUUGUGCCUCUUAUCAAAAGUUACAAGGUUUUGUAGGACGCAUAUGCCGUCGCUUGCCAGUCUCUGCGAUGCAAAAUCGAUCGUGGAUUCGGAGUCAGCCAAAUAGUCGUACAAGCUCUUGAAAUCAUAAUACAGUGACCGAUAUAGCGCCUUGGAAAAUCUUGUGCCGUUGGGUGGAGGCCAAUAACCGAAUUUGUCCACGUAAAAGCUGUUCAAGAAUGACCUGAACCGAUCUAGGUGAAGGCGGGCACGGUCGGUGAGCCCGAGGUAUGUGGGGGACAGGUCGUCUUCGAGGAAGUUGCGCACAGCUCUCGUGAUCCGGCCCAGUUCAAUGUCCAUUUCCAAGUAAGCGCGGGUGAUGAGGGCCUUGGUUAGACGUGAUUGUGGCUUGCAGCAUGUCUAAAUGACUCCACGACAAGAUACCAAGCGAGCUUACCGGAAAUUCUGGACUGAGGUCCAGUCGCUCGUUCAUACCUACGCAGUGUGCAAAGGCAUCGAUCCAGACAUGUCGUAGUUUGUAAUGCUCGGCAUAAUAAAGAAUAGCCAAACAUAGUCGGGGCACUCUACGAAGUUUCGGUAGCCUUGAGCAUCGGCAUAGUCCAGAAAGCCUUGCUGAUUGUCCACUCGUCCAGACCGGUAAAGGCGCAUUCGCUGCUGAAGAUCAAUCAUGGCCUGCCCCAAAUGGGCACCCACCAACGGCUUCCCGAAUACGAAUGCGAAGAAAUUCCGCGUUGUGAUAUGCCACCUAAAAGAUGCUUCUCGGGUCAUGUCUUCUGGAGCGGGCACGAACAGCUCGAUUUGAAUGCACUCGCGGCAUUGGCCAACACUGAUGAGCCAUCGCUAGUGGAGCUAGACUCUGGUCGCUGGUCAAGAUCACUUUGAAAAUGUAGCGUUUAAAUAAACUAUUAGGCCAUGUUAUCGUGAAAAUUACUAUAACCAAUUAUGCAAAAUAAAUAAUUUAUUACUGGGCAGCUGUAGUUUCCUGUGCACCCGUCAAACUCAAGUGAUAUUGAUUGUUACCGUACAUUAUUAUCGUAUACCGAUAUUGAUUGAUUGCACUGCCAACGCCUCAGUCUGCUCCUUGCUAUGAAAUCGAAUGCCUAAAUGCAGAAGGAAUAAAUCUGGGCUACAUGAGGAUAAUUACGGUGCAUAUCCUACAGAACCCUAAGAUACUAUAGACAUAUGGAGAAGAGAGGAUCGCGAAAGGUAUGGUCUUACAUCGCAGUGGAUGAUGAGGCAGCCACAAUACCACAAUUGACAUGCGACACUUCCGUAAGCUCUAUAUAAUGUCUUACCUCAGAAUAUACUCUGAACGUAGAUUGUUAUGAGCAAAGCAAGCUUUAUAGUACCGAUGCAUCAAUUGAUCUCUUUCAGGCCCCUGAAUGCUUUUCGAUCCGAUCAAUGCAAGGAGAGCAACCAACACAAUGGUCAAUAAGCAGCUGGAAGAUGGAGGCUCCCACUUGACCCCUCCAUAUAACUUGCUAAUCGCCGGUGAUAAAAUUGAUAUCAGGUUUCUGGGACGAAUAACCGACGCUAUGAUCACCAUUCCUCCAGAGGUGGGUUUCCAGUUCAAAGGCCCCCCAUGCCUCCAAUCGACCGUGAUACCGAAGUCCGCCUUCGCCUUCAUAGUCUUGAUCGAGUUGUUGCUGGAAGCUACAGUUGGCGCAGUAUCCGACGGCUUGUUGCCGGGAGGUCUUUCGAUGGUAAACUCCCGUCCCAUGGCACUGAAGCAUUUCUCUAAUGUACGACCGCUCGGAAGGAUCGUCAGGGCAGCCGACGGUGCAGUCCUUUCGAUAUUGGCCUCUUGCCCGCUGGCGCUGACGGCCUGGUCCAGUUGACGGUUGUUCGGAAGAUUCGUCAUAUCGAACCUGUGAUGAGAAAAAGGAGGGAGUAAAGAUGGCUCUAUAUAUGAGAUUGGCAGGAUCGGAUCCCUUUGCUGCUUUUCCUAGAAGGGUUGUGCAAGUGUACAGAAAUUGCUGGUGGGGGACUGGGCUUAUAUAAUGUGCAUCGAAUCACAGAUACCAAACCGAUACGAACCCCCUAACAAGCGGCAAUAAUGAACAGACUUUGAGUGGGCAACAUGCUGCGAGAAUAUUGGUCUCCGGCUUGCGUCCGAGUUUUCCGAACUCCUUGGCUUCAAGGAUGUCGUCCUGUUUCUGGACCUGUGGGAAUGCAUUGAAACGUAGAAAAUGGAGGAGCCAUGGGACAAAAGCCGAUACCGAGCCACCGAAUAUACUAUAGAUGAUCUUCCGGUGAAUAAGGUUGCGGGUAAUGAUUUCGACAGCAAUCUCACGUAAGACCUUGAAUCACGUUCCUCAGGGCCAUACUUGCAGCUGUGAUGUAGGUAAAAGACGAAGCGGCCAGGCGCGAAGAGAUGGGCACGAAUCCCACUACGAACGCCAACGCUGGCUUCGUGGGCGGAGUGGACGCUUGCAGUGGAGGUUUUCUCGGCCAGUUUGUGCAUCGAGGGGGUCAAGGCCAUCAGCGCAGAGCGCAACAAAUUCAAACUGCUG